UUUCAAAUUUUUUUCCAAUUAAAAUUCAAACUUUUGGAUUGAUUUUCUUUUUAAAUUUUUAUUUUGUCAAAUCAACAAUUUUUUUUGAAACAAAAAAUGUCAUCGUUCGAUCAGGAUUCAAGUGUAAUGAGACUUCGUCUCAAGCGUUCACCAUAUUCUGUUAAAGGUUUUGGUUUUGGUCUGAAUAUUCAGGAUCGUGGUGCACCACCCGUAUUACAAAUAUCAUCAAUUGAAAAUGAUUGUGAAGCAAAAAAAUCCGGUCUAAUACGUGAUGGUGAUAUUAUUUUACGUAUUAAUAAUUUGGAUGUAUCAAAAUGUACAUAUGAUGAAGCAAUACAAACAUUAGCAUCAACGCCGAUGAAUACAUAUGCAUCAUUUAUGGUACGUGCACCAUACGGUUAUGUAACACGUUUGGUCACUACGUUUGAAGAAGAUGGUACAUCGAAAACAAUUCGAAUUACUGAAAGAGCUACUACUAAUUGUCAACAACAAUCAAAUGAAAUUUCAAAUAAUUAUGUUGUUAACAUUAAUGAUCAAUGUAAUCAUCAUCAACAAUCACAUAAUAAUGAUGAUGUUGUUGAUGAUGAUGAUGACCAUUCUCAUCAUCAACAUCAAAAUCAUAUCGAUAAUCAUCAUCAUUUGUUACCACAAUCUACAACAACUAUAACCGAAGAAUCAACAACAAAUCAAUCACGUACACGGAAAGGGUCGAUUUGCAUCGGUCAAAGACCAAUACGAAUACGAAAUGUAGCCACAUCAAAUGUUACUGUGGAUACUUUACAUCAAUCAGCUCGACAGCCAUUAUCAUGUACGGAAUCGGUUUGUCUUGGUUCAUUGAUGAAACAAACAAAAGAACAUCUUGGAAUAUGUCCAUUACAACAAGUGUCGAAUUUGGAUCCAUCUACUAACAAUCAACAACAACAAUCCGGUGAUGCUAUAGGUCAACAACGUAGUAAAGAACAGGUGUUAAAUGAUGCCUAUCAAUUUAUGGAACAAUAUUAUACAUCGAUCAAACGUUUACAUACACCUGCACAUCGUAAUCGAUUACGUGAAAUUGAAGCUGAAAUACGAUCAACCGGUACCUAUCAAUUGAAACAAACUGAAUUGAUUUUUGGUGCCAAAUUAGGCUGGCGUAAUGCACCAAGAUGUAUUGGCCGUAUUCAAUGGUCAAAACUUCAGGUUUUCGAUGCACGAAGCUGUAAAACAGCACAUGAAAUUUUUGAAGCAAUUUGUAAUCAAAUCAAAUAUGCAACAAAUCGAGGAAAUUUACGUUCGGCUAUAACAAUAUUUCCACAACGAAUCAAUGGUCGUGAAGAUUAUCGUAUAUGGAAUCAGCAAUUAAUUUCAUAUGCUGGUUAUGUUAUAAAUUCGAAUGAAAGCAAAGAAAUAUCGAUUGAAAAUGGUAGCCAUCAUGAUCAACAAACGACAAAAACAAUCAUUGGUGAUCCGAUUAAUGUUGAAUUUACACAGAUUUGCACGAAACUUGGUUGGAAAGCACCAGAAACCAAAUGGGAUAUAUUACCAAUUGUAAUCUCAGUGCCCGGAGAAGAUCCACAACUAUUUCCAUUGAGUGAAGAUUUAGUUCUUCGUGUUCCAAUUAGACAUCCCAAAUAUAAAUGGUUUGAAGAAUUGGAUAUUCAAUGGUAUGCAUUACCCGCUGUAUCAUCAAUGAAAUUUGAUGUUGGUGGAAUUGAAUUUCCUGCAUGUCCAUUUUCCGGUUGGUAUAUGGAUACUGAGAUUGCUGUUCGUGAUCUUUGUGACAUACAUCGAUAUAAUAUAUUACCCGAGGUUGCCAAAUACAUGAGCUUAGAUAUGAAUUCUAAUGCAAGUCUUUGGAAAGAUCGUGCUGUUAUUGAAGUCAAUACUGCUGUAUUGUAUAGUUUUCAAAAAGCUAAUGUCACCAUUGUUGAUCAUUAUACAGCAGCUGAAUCAUUUAUGAAACAUUUAGAAAAUGAAAAUCGAUUACGCGGUGGUUGUCCUGGCGAUUGGGUUUGGAUUGUUCCACCCAUUUCAGGAUCUUUGACACCUGUUUUUCAUCAAGAAAUGCUUAAUUAUGAAUUAAAACCGGCUUACAAAUAUCAGGAACCGGCAUGGAAAACACACAUCUGGCGUAAUGGUAAUCUUGAUGAACAUAAUUCAAUAACAUCGACUCCAAGAAAAUUACGUUUCAAAGAGAUUGCUAAAGCAGUGAAAUUCACAUCGAAUCUUUUCGGCAAAGCUUUGAGUAAACGUAUUAAAGCAACGAUUUUAUAUGGAACGGAAACAGGUCGAUCUGAACAAUUUGCCAAAAGACUUGGACAAAUAUUUUCCCAUGUAUUCAAUGUUUCAGUAUAUUGUAUGGAUUCAUAUGAUAUGCUACAUUUGGAACAUGAAACAUUAUUAUUAUGUGUUACAAGUACAUUUGGAAAUGGUGAUCCACCGGAAAAUGGUGAAUCAUUUGCUAAACAAUUACAAGCAAUUAAAAUGACCGGUGAUACGGCACCGGAUUUAGAUCGUGAAUCAAUUUCAUUACCAGUUACUUAUCUACGCUAUUCAUCAUUGGAUACUUCAGAACAAGGUAGUAGUGUUAAUUUGAAUGUGGAUGAUAAACAACGUACUAUCACCAGUGGUACAUUCGAUUCAUUCAAUCAAUCUUCACCAAUAAUUUCAAACAAUACAGCUGGUGAUGAUUAUUUUACAUUUGCCGAUCAUGUUGGUCCUCUUAGUAAUGUUAGAUUUGCUGUGUUUGCACUUGGUUCCAGUGCAUAUCCAAAUUUUUGUGCAUUUGGACAUUAUCUGGAUAGAAUGUUAGCCGAAUUAGGUGGUGAACGUAUAACACGUUUAGGUAUUGGUGAUGAACUUUGUGGUCAAGAACAAUCAUUUUAUGAAUGGUCAGCUGAAGUUUUUGAACAAGCAUGUGAAGUAUUCUGUUUGACUGAUGAAUUGGAUAUGAAUGUUGUCACACGUUUAGCCGCACAAAAACCAUUACAAUGGUGUAAAGAAAAUGUUCGACUUGAUGAUGAAAAUAUAAAUAGUAAUGAUGAUGAAAUUGAUAAUGAAUUCGACGAUGAUGUAACAAAAGAAUCAAAACGUAUACAGCAAGCAUUAUCUAAACUAAGUAACAAUAAAAAAGUUAAUCAUUAUAAAUUGAUUGAACGAAAAAACUUACAUGAUCCGAUGGAUCCAAAAGAAUGUUUAGAAGAAGCAAAUCGGCCAACCAUUCGAAUUACUUUGAAAAUUGAUCAUGAUGAAAAUGAUGAACAACAAACAAUUGAUGAAAUCAAGCCAAAUGUUCAUUAUUACCCGGGUGAUCAUCUGGCAGUAUAUCCGGAAAAUUCAUCACAAUUAGUUCAGGGUAUAAUUGAUCGUUUAUGUAUUUUGAAUCCAUCAUUACAACCAACAAAGCCAUAUGUGAUUAAAAUUCGAUCACAACAUUCAUCGAUGGAAAAUCAAUUGAGUGAAUCAAUAAAUAGCGGUAAUAGUUUUUUCGGUGGUUUAGGUAACAAUAAUUCAAAUUGUGGGGAAAAUAAAUCAACAACAAAUGAUCAUGAACAACAACUUAAAUGGAUAUUACAUGAUCGUUUACCUUCGCCAGUAACAUUAAAAGAAGCAUUAACACGUUAUCUGGAUAUAACCAAUCCGCCAACACAAAGAAUUCUGUCCAUAUUGUCUGAACAUGCAUCCGAUUCAUAUGAAUCGGAAUUGUUGAAAAAUCUUUCAAAAGAUUCGGCCGCUUAUGAAACUUGGAAAGCAAAAUAUUUUCCUAAUUUUUUAGAGAUAUUGACUGAAUUUAGUUCCAUCAAUCCUCCUUUAGAAUUUAUUUUUACACAGUUGCCAGUAUUGAAACCACGACACUAUUCGAUAUCAAGUUCGCCGCUUACACAAUCUGCAUUUCAAAUUGAUCUUACUGUUGCUGUCAUACAAUAUUAUACGGAAAGUGGUAAUCGACAUUUUGGUGUUUGUUCAAAUUUUCUUAACGAUAAACCGGUAGGCGGUGAUGUGUUUGCAUUCAUUAGAAGUGCACCGAAUUUUCGUCUACCUAAAGAACGAAAAGUUCCCAUUAUAAUGGUCGGACCGGGUACCGGUAUAGCACCAUUUCGUUCAUUUUGGGAACAUCGAAUCAAACUGAAAGAAUUAAAUUCAUCAGCCGAUUAUGGUAAAAUGACACUGUUUUUUGGCUGCCGAUAUCCAUCCAUGCAACUUUAUCGUGAAGAAAUUGAAAAAGCAAUGUUUAACAAUGUAAUUAAUGACUAUCAUGUUGCAUAUUCACGUCAGCCUAAUCAGCCAAAGAAAUAUGUCCAAGAUAUAAUGCGAUUAUUAUCUAAACAAAUCUAUUGUGAUCUAAUCGAACGAAAAGGCCAUAUUUAUGUUUGUGGUGAUGUUUCAAUGGCACAAGAUGUGAAUAAAACAUUACAAUUUAUAUUACAUGAAAAUGGUAUACAUGAUGCUGAUAUGACACUUUUAUCACUUAAAGAAACGAUGCGCUAUCAUGAGGAUAUUUUUGGCAUUACAUUACGUACAGCUGAAGUGACCAAUCGUAAUCGUUCGGAUGCAGUGAAACGUACAUUCUCCAAUUCUUGAUUGUUCAAUUAUUUACAAUCACCUUUUUUUCAUUUUUAUUUUGUUGUUGUUGUUGUCCACUUAUUCGAUUCCAAUAUAUUUGCACACAAUCCAAUCCA